ACAGCACACUUAACAGGUGCCAUACAGACAUGCACAUACACACUGACACAUUUAUGAACACUCAUACACACAUUUAAACAUGGACCCAACACACAGAUAUCAAAUACACACUAUAAGUACAUCCAGCAACUGGAGUGCAGUUCAGUCACAUGGCAAGCUGCCAUCCUGGAUACUUACAUGCAUAUGUGCAUAACCAGACCCUGAUGCAUGUUUGGACACAUGCACUUACUGACACGCAUGCAACUAAACACCUAUGUAUAAUUUAUAAUCACUAUCAAGUGCAAGCACGGACAAUACACAAGGAAAUGCGCUGUUAGAAGCGGUCGUCCACAGCACUCAGCUCCAACUCCACAGUAAGAUAAUGCACAUCUGUGUGGAAACACGGAUGUCUCUGCAGACUCGUGCACAUGUACACACACCCUUGCAAAAGCACGAGUAAACCACUUUAAUGCACGAAAUACACUGACAAGUGCUACACACAUCGAGAUGUAUUGACACAACCAAGAUGUUGCCAGCUCUGGAAAUUUUUUCCAAACGGAUGCGAACGAGAGCCCUGCGCCCAGGGGCAGCCCACGUGACCGGGAGGAAGGCGCUCCCGCCCAUGACGGGAUGGGAAAACUAUGCCUGGGGCCCGCGCCGGGCCGGCAGCUGCCGCCGCGGGAGGCGGGGACGCCGAGCACGGCCCAGAGCUUCCACACUUCGGACGCCCCCAGACGUGGCAGCGAGGGUGGCCACCAUGAUUCCCUGGGUGCUCUUGGCCUGUGCCCUGCCCUGUGCUGCUGAUCCGUUGCUUGGUGCCUUCACUCAAAGGGACUUCCAGAAGGGCUCCCCUCAACUCAUCUGCAGCCUACCUGGUCCCCAGGGGCCACCUGGUCCCCCAGGAGCUCCAGGACCCUCAGGAAUGGUGGGAAGAAUGGGCUUUCCUGGCAAAGACGGCCAGGAUGGUCAGGACGGAGACCGUGGGGACAGCGGAGAGGAAGGCCCCCCCGGCCGGACAGGGAACCGUGGAAAGCCAGGACCAAAGGGCAAAGCUGGGGCCAUUGGGCGGGCUGGCCCUCGUGGCCCCAAGGGGAUCAGUGGUACCCCUGGGAAGCAUGGCAUGCCAGGCAAGAAGGGGCCAAAGGGCAAGAAGGGAGAGCCAGGCCUCCCCGGGCCCUGCAGCUGUGGUGGUAGCCGUGCCAAGUCAGCCUUCUCAGUGGCAGUGACCAAGAGCUACCCACGAGAGCGGCUGCCCAUCAAGUUUGACAAGAUUUUGAUGAACGAGGGUGGCCACUAUAACGCGUCCAGUGGCAAGUUCGUCUGCGGUGUGCCAGGCAUCUACUACUUCACCUAUGACAUCACUCUGGCCAACAAGCACCUGGCCAUCGGCCUGGUGCACAAUGGCCAGUACCGCAUCCGGACCUUCGACGCCAACACUGGCAACCACGACGUGGCCUCAGGCUCCACCAUCUUGGCUCUCAAGCAGGCAGAUGAGGUCUGGCUGCAGAUCUUCUACUCGGAGCAGAACGGACUCUUCUACGACCCUUACUGGACCGACAGCCUCUUCACAGGCUUCCUCAUCUAUGCGGACCAGGAUGACCCCAAUGAGGUGUAGCAGACUGGUGUAGGCCUCCAGGCAAGUGGACUUCCAGACAUGGGCUUACAGGACAAGGCCCCAGACUACACUGCAGGCUGAAGGUUGCAGGAGCUUCUGGUAUCCUCUGCUGCUUUUUUUACUCCAUCAUUAAAAUCUAAGCUUUUU